ACUCACAACUAAUAACACCAUUGUCUCUGUUGUUGUGAAUCUAAAACAUCAUGGCUUCGACCACCGUCACAUCGGCUGCACUUCUCGUUGCCCUGAACCUGUUGUUCUUCACCCUGGUGAGCUCGACCUACGUGCCAUGCCCACCACCACCAAAGAGUCCCAAGCCAUCCCCCAAGGGCCCGCCCUCGGGGCCUAAAAAGCCAGCCACUUGCCCUAAAGAUACACUCAAACUGGGCGUCUGUGCUGAUUUGUUGGGGGGAUUAGUGCACCUUGUCGUCGGAAGCUCGUCGAGGACCAAAUGCUGCUCUCUCAUCUCGGGUUUGGCUGAUCUCGAUGCCGCCGUUUGCCUUUGCACUGCAAUCAAGGCCAAUGUGUUGGGGACUAACCUCAAUGUUCCCGUUUCAUUGUCCCUGCUGCUCAACACCUGUGGAAAGAAACUGCCUGCCGGUUACAAAUGUUAUUAUUAAGCUUACUUCCAAUGUUUUGGUUUCUUUUUUAAUAUGUUUUGAGUGUGUU